CACUUCCGGGACGGUGUUUCGGCCCAUUCCGGCCCAUUUCCACUCCCGGAGCUCUCACCCCUCCAGUGCCGAUGGUAGCGAAAGACUUUACUCCAGGGGAUUCGUCCUCACUGGGGAAAUGCCGGAAAGAACAAACAAAAAGGCGCUGGUGUAGGCUCCAAAAUACACAUCUGAAAUCAUGAUGACUUCGACUGAGGCUCUUAUUGGAUUAAAAAGUUUCAAAACAAACAAAAACGCUUUGGAAAAAGCAGGGUUGAAUGCCUCCCUGCACCCUCAGCCAAGAACAUGGAGAAAGGUGGGAACAUACAACUGGAAAUCCCUGACUUCAGCAAUUCUGUACUGAGCCAUCUAAACCAGCUGCGAAUGCAGGGCCGCCUCUGUGAUAUUGUGGUCAAUGUGCAAGGACAAGCUUUUCGGGCUCACAAAGUCGUCCUGGCUGCCAGUUCUCCCUAUUUCCGGGAUCACAUGUCUUUGAAUGAGAUGAGUACUGUCUCCAUUUCUGUCAUCAAGAACCCUACUGUUUUUGAACAGCUCCUUUCUUUCUGUUAUACAGGACGGAUAUGUCUACAACUGGCAGAUAUCAUCAGCUACUUGACAGCUGCCAGUUUUCUGCAGAUGCAGCAUAUUAUAGACAAAUGUACACAGAUCCUGGAGGGCAUUCAUUUCAAAAUUAAUGUGGCCGAGGUUGAAGCUGAAUUAAGUCAAACAAGGACAAAGCAUCAAGAGAGACCUCCAGAGUCUCACAGGGUUACACCAAAUCUAAACCGCUCCCUUAGCCCAAGGCAUAAUGCUCCAAAGGGAAACCGUCGAAGUCAGGUUAGUGCUGUGUUGGACAUCAGGGAGCUAAGUCCCCCUGAGGAGUCUACUAGUCCUCAGAUAAUUGAACAGAGUUCUGAUGUAGAGAGCCGAGAGCCCAUUCUUCGGAUCAACAGAGCAGGACAGUGGUAUGUGGAGACAGGAGUAGCAGACCGGGGGACCCGGAGUGAUGAUGAAGUUAGGGUUCUUGGAGCAGUCCAUAUCAAAACGGAGAAUCUGGAGGAGUGGCUUGGGCCUGAGAAUCAGCCUUCUGGAGAAGAUGGGAGUAGUGCAGAGGAGGUCACAGCCAUGGUGAUUGACACCACAGGCCAUGGUUCUGUAGGACAGGAGAAUUACACUUUAGGGUCCUCAGGAGCUAAGAUGGCUCGGCCAACUAGCAGUGAAAUUGACAGAUUUAGCCCCUCUGGCAGUGUUGUUCCCUUGAUGGAGAGACACAGAGCCAGAAGUGAAUCUCCUGGGAGAAUGGAUGAACCUAAGCAGCCUAGCUCCCAGGUAGAAGAGUCAACAAUGAUGGGAGUAAGUGGCUAUGUGGAAUACCUCCGAGAGCAGGAAGUAUCUGAGCGGUGGUUUCGCUACAACCCCCGUCUUACUUGUAUCUACUGCGCCAAAUCUUUCAAUCAGAAGGGAAGCCUAGACCGCCACAUGCGCCUGCACAUGGGGAUUACACCAUUUGUCUGCCGCAUGUGUGGCAAAAAGUAUACCCGGAAAGAUCAGCUAGAGUAUCACAUCCGCAAGCACACAGGCAACAAGCCCUUUCAUUGUCAUGUUUGUGGCAAAAGUUUCCCCUUCCAAGCCAUCUUGAAUCAGCACUUUCGCAAAAACCACCCUGGCUGCAUACCCCUGGAAGGACCUCACAGCAUCUCCCCUGAAACAACUGUCACAUCUCGAGGACAAGCAGAGGAAGAAUCUCCUUCACAGGAAGAGACAGUUGCUCCUGGAGACACAACCCAGGGAUCGGUGUCCACCACUGGGCCUGAUUGAAACAUCAAGGGGGAGAGGGUAGACCCUCUUCCCCUUUGGGCCAUAAGCAGCCAGCAUCUGGGCCAAGGGCUGGUAUUUAGAUUCACAAACUACCACAUCACCAGACUGGAAGAAGCUUCCAAGUGUUGCCAAACUUAGAGGGUCAGCAACGUACACAAAAGCACUAAAGGCUCUUCUCUUCCACUUUUCCACCUCACUCUUUGGAAAAUAAUCAAGCAAAUCACCUUUCUAAUUCAGGGAUCAACAGCCUUGGUUUGUUAACUUUAUAAGAAAAAAAUUUUUUUAACAAAACAAUGAUAAAUGGUUAUUUAUCUACCAGUCAUGUUUGAACACUGUACUUUGGUCCAUAUCAUCUUGAUGGCUUGUAAUUGCCCAUAUCUAAGAAAUGCAGCAGGAGCCUUGGUCAUUCUGAACCAGCCAGCCAUAGGAUGGAAGGAGAUAGUCAUGGUGGUGAUAAUGAAGAGGAUCUCUCCUCUUCCUUACCUGCCAAAAUGUGCACGUUUUCUGUUUCAAG